AUGGCCAUUUGUAGCGCCACAGGCAGCGUGGGGCGCUACAUAUGGCGCAGUUUCCAGAAUCCAAAAAUUCCCAGCGCAGGGAUAGCGCCCGAUGCUACCCUGGGCGCUGGUGAUGAGAAACCUCUCCUACUUUCCCCGGGACAAGAAAUGACUAACGGAGAGGAACAAAUUGAACCUGUUGUGACUGUUACUACUAACAUAGUUUCGGGGAUGCCAGGUCCUAGCCGUCCUACUGCACCUGCAACGGCGAUGCCACCAACGGAAAGGCCAGGGAAAUUUUCUGGUGUUGACUUUAAGAGAUGGCAGCAAAAGAUGUUCUUUUAUCUAACCACUCUAAGUCUGCAAAGGUUCAUUCAAGAGGAUGUUCCAGUCGUGCCUGAAGGAACCCCUGACAACGAGCGCUUCCUUGUUACUGAGGCUUGGAAGCACUCUGAUUUUCUGUGCAAAAAUUACAUUUUAAGUGGGCUGGAAGAUGGCUUGUACAACGUUUAUAGCGUCAUGAAAACAUCAAGAGAAUUAUGGAAUGCUCUUGAAAAGAAGUACAAGACUGAAGAUGCUGGACUUAAGAAGUUUGUGGCCGCCAAAUUUCUGGAUUUCAAAAUGAUUGACGGUAAAUCUGUCAUAACGCAAGUCCAAGAAUUGCAAGUUAUUGUUCAUGACCUCCUUGCUGAAGGUAUGGUCAUAAAUGAAGCGUUUCAAGUUGCGGCAUUUAUUGAAAAGCUGCCUCCGUUGUGGAAGGACUUUAAGAAUUACUUGAAACAUAAGCGCAAGGAGAUGACGCUUGAAGACCUUAUUGUUCGUCUACGGAUUGAAGAGGACAACAAGGCUGCUGAGAAGAAAUCUCGUGGAAAUUCAACAAUAAUGGGUGCAAAUAUUGUUGAGGAAGCUUCAACGAGUAAAAAGAGAAAGAAGCCGUCUGGAUCAACGAAUUAUCCAAGCAAGAAGAGGUUCAAAGGUAAUUGCCACAACUGUGGAAAGGAGUUGUUUACUUCUUAUGCUCCCGCUGGACCCGAUGAGACAGUGUUUAUGGCAAACUCCGCUACUGCAAAAAUUGAAGGAACGGGCAAGGUGGCUUUGAAGAUGACUUCGGGAAAGAUUGUGACUCUAAAAGAUGUUCUUCAUGUUCCUGAAAUGCGGAAGAAUUUAGUCUCAACAUCACUUCUAGUCAAGAAUGGCUUUAAGUGUGUUUUUGUUUCCGACAAGGUUGUAAUUAGUAAGAAUGAAAUGUUCCUCUCUUGCCAGAUAUGGUAUACUGCUGCUGCUAAGGACAUUCUGCAUAAUUCUGCUCCUCCACUUCUACCUUUUGCUUUUCUCUCUAUCCAUGCCAGUUCUUCCUUCCAUCCUAGCUUUGUUCUUUGA